AUGGAAUCUGUCGAUUUGCAAAUAAAACAGUCCCGAAUAAAACUUGAAGAAAACAAUUCAUCGAAAAUCUAUCUAGAAAAUUUAUCAAAUGAACUUUUCUAUGAAAUUUUUGAUUAUCUUGAUAGUUGUGAUGUAUAUAAAGCAUUUUCAAAUCUCAAUAUUCGUUUUCAAAAUCUUAUAUUUCAUUCAUCAUUUCCAUUGAAAAUUAAUUUUUGUACAAAAUCAAAAUCAAUAAUUGAAGAUUAUUGUCGACAUCUUAUCAUUCCAAAUACACAUCGUAUUCUUUCAUUUGAUUUAAGAAGUGAAUUAAUUAUUGAUCAAUUUGUAAAAUGUUGUACUAUCAAUUCAUCAUUUAAUCGUCUUGAAUCAAUUAUUCUUCAUGGAUUAACAGAUCGACAACUUCUAACAAUGCUCUUCUAUUUAAAUUCUUUACCUUGUCUUUUUUCGUUGACUAUUGAUAUGGAAGAAGAUUAUUAUUAUAAUCUCGGUGAUAUUUAUCGAUUAAUUUUUUCUUUAUCAAAAUUAAAAUAUAAUAAAAUGUCAUUAUUUGGUUAUGAAGAAUUAUUUAUUGAAAUGCCAAUUAUUAUUAAUGAAAGAUUUAGUACUAUUGAAUAUUUAAUUAUUGAUUAUAGUUGUACAAUGAAUCAACUCGAUUCUUUACUUCGUCAUACACCUCGACUUUGCCGUCUGAGAUGUGAAAGAUUGGUUGAAUCUGACGAAAAUGUUGAAAAAUAUCAAUCAACAACUUUAUCCUAUUUGACAUACAUUUCUAUUGGUGAAUGUCAAGUUGAAUUUGAUGACUUUGAAAUGUUCUUCAAAGAAAUAUCGUUUCAAUUAGAAGUAUUGCAUAUAUCUGUAUCUUGGAAUAUGUCUUAUCUUGAUGCUAAUCGAUGGGAACAAUUAAUGAAAAAAUAUAUGCCAUAUUUAAAAAAUUUUCAUUUUACUUAUGAUCAAUAUAUUGAUGAUAUGUUGAAAACAAAUCCUGGUCAUGAAUUUCUUAAUCGAUUUACAUCAUCAUUUUGGCUUGAACAAAAAUGGUUCUGUGAACUCAAAAUUGAUCGUAGAGAAAUGGUUUUCGUAAUUCAACCACAAAGAAAAGAAUGGUUCAAUUUCUAUGAAUAUAUGGAAAAUGAUUAUAUUUUUAAUCAAAAAAAGAUUUACAAUUGUUUCAUUCAAAUGACUGUUGAAGAUUAUAUUUUAACCGAACGAUUUCGAUUAAAUAUUGACAAAUUAAAGCCUGCUUUUAUUGCUAUUCGAUUUACUCAUUUGAAUAUUAAUAAUAAUAACAUGUCUAUUAGUAUGUUAAUUGAAAUUUUACGUCUAUUACCUAAUCUUGAAUCAUUGAAAAUAUCCUCUUUAUCAAUGCUUCAAUCAGAAUUUUUAUCUGUUGAAGAUACAAAAAAAUAUCUUUUAGUAUCAAUUAUUAAUAAAAUUACAAAAGUUAAACUUGAUAAAGUUACUGAAAAAACACAAAUUCAAUUUCUUAUUAAUCUUUGUCCACGUAUGCAAUAUUUCGAAGUCGAUUGUAUGUCAAAUACAGAUCUUAAAAAAUUCAUGACAUUUAUUUUAAUAAAUCAAAUGACACAUAUUCCUAAUCUUCGUUUUUUAUCUCUUAAUGUUCCUAAUGCAAAUGAAAAUAUGAUAAAAAAUAUAGCAAUGACAAUUGAACUAGAAACAAUCAUUAGUAAUUAUAAAAUUCAACGUAUAGGCAACAAAUUUUUCUUACAUUGGAAAUUAAUGCAAUAG